UUGGUAAAUGAGUAAAAUAGUUCUUAUGGCAUCAAAAGAGUUUGGAAGGGCAUGCUGACUAACAGUGCAGACUGACAACUCAUGGGGCCCCCAGGCAAAAGGGGAUCAUGGGGCCCCUGUGUCCUCACCCAAACUCAAACUACACCCAAGAAAGCCUAUGAAAGGUACCAGGGGCAUCUCAUGGGGCCCCCUACUGACCCCGGGACCUCAGGCAGUGCCCGAGUUUCCAAA